AUGCAUUUGGAUAAUAUACCAAGAAACGAGUUGGUUGAAACUCCUUUGAUUGAUGAUAUCGAUGCAAAUGGUUAUUUGGUUAACAGUGUGGAUUUAGAAACUGAAUGUAACAGUCAAAAUGUGGAUGUGGAUUUAGGUACUGGUGAGUAUCUUGAUUCUUAUGAAGAUGAAAAUACAUUUAAUGAUGAUAAUAUUAUCGGGAGGGUGUUUAAUACCCAUGAAAAUGCAUAUACGUUUUAUAAUCAAUAUGCUUUUCUACAUGGAUUUGGUAUACGUAUUCAUUGGGACUAUAAAAAUAAAACAACAAAUGAGAAAUAUCGAAAGUUGUUUGUGUGCAACAAAGAAGGCUUCAAAAAGGUGAAGGAUCAUGGUUCUAGUGGGGAUUCUAAGAUAAGUCGUAGAGAAACAAGAACAGGUUGUGACGCUCGACUUCGCGUUUCAAAAACAAAAGACGGUAAAUGGCAUGUGGAUAAGUUUAUUGAUGCACACAAUCAUGAGUUAAGUACUACACCGCAAAAAGUAAUGAAACACCGUUCUCACAGUAAGUUUCACCGCUCCAUGGCUUGCAGAUCUCUUAUGUUGAACCUUGGUCAGUCGGGUUUGAGGCCCUCACAAAUCAAGAAAGCUGUAAAUGCAAUUAAGUCUCCAUUUGAAAUUGAAGUUACCUCUAAGCAAUGCGUUGAUGUUUUGUCUCAGCAACGAAAACAAUACAAAGGCAAAGAGUUUUAUGGGCUAAUAAAACAUCUUCAAGAUAAAUCAAAAAGAGAUUUGAACCAGUACUUUGAGAUUGACUUGUUUGCCGACGGAUCUCCAAGAAAUAUAUUUUGGGCUGAUGGAAGAUCAAGAGAUGCUUAUUUGAAAUUUGGAGAUGUUGUUGUGUUUGAUGUUACGUAUAUGACCAACAGAUUUAGGUUGCCAUUUGCUCCAUUUGUCGGGGUGAAUCAUCAUGGUCAAUCUAUACUUUUUGGUGGUGCAUUGCUAGAAAACGAAAAGGAAGAGACUUUCCAAUGGUUAUUUGAGCAUUUCCUAAAGUGCAUGUUUAACAAGUAUCCUGCUGCAAUAAUAACCGAGCAGGAUAAAGCUAUAGGCAAUGCAAUUUGCAAAGUUUUUCCAAACACCCGACAUCGCUAUUGUGUUUGGCACAUUAACAGGCACGAGUUGGAACAUUUGAACCAAUUUGCAUCCCGCUUUAGUGAUUUCCAGGAGUCUUAUAAACGAUGGGUAAAGAGUGAUACAACCAAGGAAUUUGAAACCCAAUGGGAAGUUAUAAAUUCUAAGUAUAACUUAGAUAGUAGUAAUUGGAUGGUGGAGAUGUAUAAGCUACGAAACUUUUGGGUUGAAGCUUUCUUCAAAGAUAUUUUUUUGGCAGGCAUGACAACUAGCCAACGAAGUGAGAGCAUCCAUUCUUACUUUGAUGGAUAUGUUAAUUCAAAUACCAUGUUGAAUGAGUUUGUAAUCCAAUAUGAUAAAGCUGUUGAUGAUCGGAGGGUUGCCGAAGAAGAUGAAGACUUUCAGACUAUAAACACGUUGCCGGUUCUUUCGUCGGUUCAUCCAAUAGAAGCAAAAGCUGGUAAACUUUUAGUCUUCAAAAAGGAAUGGAUAGAAGCAACUAAUAAUUUAACUCAUGAGACUUUAAGCAAGAGUAUGGAAGAAAGUAGUUAUAAGGUUGGUCAACUGAAUGUUGAUAAAAAAUAUUGGAGAACUGUCAAGGUUUUCUUCUUGAAUAAGGUGGAUGCUAGGUGUUCAUGUGCUAUGUUUGAAACACAUGGGAUAUUAUGCAAGCAUAUCUUAUAUGUAAUGAAGAAGAAGAAUGUUGAGACCCUUCCUGAUCAUUACAUUCUGCCUAGGUGGACAAUUGCUUCCAGGUAUAGGGCUGGUAGUGUUAGUAUCGAAGACCCAAAUAGUGAAAAUGAAGUUAGUGCCUUAACUUUAUGGUGUGUUCAUAACAACUAUACAAAAGCCGUUGAUCAAGCAAGAGACUCUCCGAAUGAAAUUAACAGGCUAAAUGCUUUCUUCUUGAAGUUUUUAGAAGAGCAAAUGAAGCGUAAAAAGCCAACUAUGCUUGAGAAUAAAAAUAAAGAUUCUAAUGUACGAAUUUCUCAAGUAGACGCGAUGCCCCAAAUGUCUGUCAGGGAUCCUGCUAAUCGUGCUAACACUAAAGGGCGCCCAAAAAAGGCAACCAGAAUUAAGCCUUUUAUAGAAGUAAGGAAAAAGAAGACAUGUUCCUAUUGUGGAGGAUUGGGUCACUACAAAACUGGGUGUCCAACAAAGAAGGUUAAUGAUUCUUUGGGAAAGAAACAGUGA